CUGACAGAGACGGACUGACUCUGACGUGUUUACAGUCCCUCAUCUCCAUUGCUUUUAACUCCAUGAUGGCGUCAUACAGCUGGGCCCUGCCGGCGGCGGGAAGCUGCUGAAGUUUUGAAAACCAACCGCCCGCCCGGGCUCAGGAAGGGGAGUGUGGUCGUAUCAAUCAUAUCACUCGGGGAUUGGCGUUGAGGAAGUUGGUGAUCACGCGGCUCUCUCUCUCUCUCUCUUUUCCCCAAUCCCGUCAUAGCGAGCGCCGCGGUCCACAUCCCCGUGUCGGGGAGAGGCCCGUGUCCGUCCCGGGGGUGGCGGGGAACCUGCCUUGAGCUCUCUCCGACACCGCACGAUGCCGAUCUGCAAGUAUUUCCAGGAAGGUCGCUGCCGCUUCGGGGACAGCUGUUGGAACGAACACCCGAGAGGGGCCGGGCGAGGACAACACACAGCAGCCUACAGAGGAAACUGGGGAAAUCCAUUCCAAAAACAUCAAUCUAAUUAUAUCCAACCGUCAACAUUUUACAAACCGGCACCGUGGGGAGGAGGUGGCAGGGAUGUUGAUAGAAGAGGAUUUGGAGGUGCAGAAACUGGGAAAAAAACAGCUUCGAGCUCUGGAGGCUUUCUGCAAAAUAGAUUUACAACUCUUUCUGGUGAUGAUCAAAAUCGUGACGCGGAAAACCUAUUGGAAAUAGUAAGAAAAGACAUUGAAGCAUGGGAAAUCUCUGGCCAGUGGUUAUUUUCUUGUUACUCUGUUGCCAAGGAAUACGCAUGUGUCUCAGGUCUUGUGGACAUCUCCCCAGAAGAAUUGCGAUUGGAAUAUUAUAACAGUAAAGCAGGAGGCAGCUUGUCAAAUUAUGCUGACUCUAUUAGGCAGUUAUCAAAUCAACAGAAGAACAGAAUGCUUGAAAUUAAGAAACCAAAUUUAUCUGUAAGAAGUUCAAUGAGUGCUGAAUUGAGAAAGCCAAACCAACAGAAACCUGCAACAGGAUUUGGUGGAAUGCAAACUUCAACCUUUGGCUCAUCUGGCUUUGCCUCCAGCUCUGUAAGCAGCAGCUCAUUUAGCUUCAAACCCAGUGCUGGAUUUGGCAAUACCACAACAACGUCACAGUUUGGAAAUUCUUCAGCACCUCUGUCAGGAUUUGAAACCAAACAAGCCUCUUCCUCGGUGUUUGGAAAUACGUCAACGUUUGCACUUCCCACUUCCACACCAGCUUCAGCCCCUGGUGCAUUUGGUGGUUCUGCUACCAGCUCAGCUGCAAGUGCUGCAGUGUUUGGAAGUUCUACUCCUUUUGGAAGCAACUCAACAAUGGGUUCUUCUGGUUUUGGGGGUUCUGCAUCUGUCCAAGCACCGACAUCCUCUGCAUUUGGGAGCACUGUAACAACAACAACAACAACAAAUGUUUUUGGAGGAAAUGUAAUUGCACCAGCAAAUAGUUUUGGGAGCAAAGGAACAGCAACAGCAACAACAAAUGUUUUUGGGAGCACAGCAGCAUCAGUAUCUCAAUCCCAAAGCAUUCCGGUUGGCAAUAAUUCAGUUAACGGAAACGAUAAAUUGUAUACACCUCGGACAGAACUCUCAGCAGAUGACUUACAAGAAUUUGAAGCAAAGAAGUUCACUCUAGGAAGGAUCCCUUUAAGGCCACCACCAAUCGAACUUCUAAAUGUGUAAAUUUGUCAAAAUAUAAUUACAUUGAUUACUUGCCAUGAUACUUCAUAAUGCACUAGAAAUUAUGUUUUUUGAAUUUAUUAUAAUUCUUGGUAGAUCUGCUAUAAUCAGUAAUAUAGGGAAUUUAACUUUGUAGUAAUUUAUUGGAUUGAUUAUAAUUUCUUUCUCUCCAACUCUUCCCAUGUGUUCAAUUUUCCCCAUCUUAAAAGAAAAUUCACAAAUAUCUGUCAACAUCAUCACUCUUUUUGCUAAAGUUGGAAUAAACCCACCUGCAUUUAUUUCUGUAUUGGAAUUAUGUGCUGCCCUUAGGGAGGUGUGCAGACUGAUAAAUGGUUUAUUUGCACCGGUGACUAGGGGGAAGAAAAUGAAUAUAUUAACAACAAAUGGAUGCUGGAAGCACUGAAACUUCAAGCUGUAAUUUGCAAGAUGCUGAGCUUGACUGUAAGCAGAUAUCCCUUAAUUAGCUUAAAGUCUGAAUUACUCUUGAGCGACCUUUAGGAUAAAUUAUUUCAACUUAACAGGCAAGAUUUGUAUGCAGUACACAACUUAACUGUCUUUUUUAAAAAAGCUUAAAUGCACUGUACAUUUUUACUUUAAAGUUUAUUUAACUAUCUACAGUGCCAAUUGUAAUUGUUCUAAAAUGAAAUUUGUAUUUAACAAAAAAUACAUUAUUUUAAAUUUCAUGUAUAAAUAUGCACAUCAGGAGUGUUUCCAUUUUGAUGCAUCCUAGGAGCACAGAUUGUCUACUUGUCCCCAAUAAGAUGUAUACUGUAAUAUGCCUGAGUUCACCUUUAUAUGUGAAAACCUGAUAAUCAUCUAUUCCCACAAUUGUUGUAUUUUGUACCUUUUUAAGCCUUAUAAUUGUGAACUUGUCUAUUCUUGUGACUCCAAUUAUUAUUUUAGUGCUGAUUUUGAAUCUGUACAUUUUAGAAGGGAAAACCAAGUUUAUUUAACACAUUGUCAGGAAGUCUCAAAUCUCUUCACAAGCAAUGAAUUACUAAUGGUAAAUGGUGUAUGAGUUUUCACCUAUUGUAUGCGGGUAGCCUUUUUUUGCUUGUUUGCUGCUUUUAAUAUUUUUAUGUGAAAUAUUUAGCAAAUCACAUUA